CACUUUAUGGUAGUCAAUUAACAAUUUAAAUUAACACCUGUGGCAUUUAAGCAUUGGACGUGUUACAGUAUAUUAUUAUUUUUACAAUAAAAUAAAUCUGAGCCGUACCUGCGCCAGGGGUUGCAACAAUUGUACAAAGAAAAUUUCCGAAAAACAUGUGUGACGAUGAUCUCAUCGCGAAUAUAAUUGGAAGUUUCGGAAGAUACCAAACAUGGAUAUUAGUUGUGGUGACUUUAGCUCAUUUACCAACUGACUAUUUUAUGAACAAUGUGUUGUUUGUUCUACCUCACGUCGACUAUGUUUGCAAAGAUGAUGAUGCCUAUAAUCUAACCAAUUACUGUCCCUGCCAAAAUCCCGAUUAUGACAGAAGUGCUAUAGUGGAAUCAGCCACUAGUGAAUGGAACCUUAUAUGUGAAAGAACACACCUAGCUAGCCUAGCCCAGUCAGCGAUGCAAGUUGGAAUGCUCACGGGCAGUUUAAUAUACGGACACAUCUCAGACAGGUACGGACGAAAAGCUGCAGUGUUAUUGGGAUUAUUUUGUCAACCUUUAUUUGGAACAAUAACUGCAUUUGUACCAGAAUAUUGGAUGUUUGUAAUGAUGAGGUUUCUGAUGGGCACGGCGGCUGGAGGCGUGAUGCUCUGUGUUUACGUGUUGUUAAUAGAAUACAGCGGCAAGUUGUUUAGACCCUACAUGCUAGGCCUACACGAAGUAUCAUAUGUGUUGGGGUACCUUUUACUCUCGGUGUUUGGGUACUAUUUGAGAAAAUGGAGAGACUUUCAGCUCGCAACAGCCGCGCCAUGGCUGGCUGUGAUACUAUUGUAUUGGAUCCUACCAGAAUCUCCUCGAUGGCUUAUAACCGUUGGCCGGAAAAAAGAAGCCAUUGAGCUACUUACUUAUGUGGCUAAGAAAAAUAACCGUAACACAGACAAUAUAGAUAUUAUCGUUCACGAAAUAGAGCAGCAAUCCAUGUGUGAGCGUACCCAACGACGCGGGUCGUACUUAGACUUGUUCAAGACGCCGAAGCUUAGGAUGUACACCACCAUCAACGCUCUCAUGUGGAUGUGCUGCGCCCAUGCAUACUUCGGCGUCAACCAGUACAUCGGUCGGUUGCAAGGGAACAUCUACCUCAACGUGUUGUUGUCUGCCGUAUCCCACGUCCCUAAUCUCCUGGUUAUGGUUUUCUUCGCUGUUUUCGUGAGGCGGAAAAUCAAUGUAUUCAUAACUUUUGGUGUAGCAGCAAUAUCACUAUUGGCAUUCAUAUUUAUACCUACAAGUUGGCACAUUACUUCUGUUGCUGUUGCCAUCUCAGGUCAACUAGCGAUGUACGCUACCUUCGCCCUAGUAUACUUGUACACUACUGAACUAUUUCCAACACUUAUCAGAAAUUCCGCAAUGGGUUUCUCUUCAGUGUUUGCCAGAGUAGGAGCAUUUGUUGCUCCAUUUGUUGUGAAUAUUGGCGUAGAGUGGAUCUCUAUAACAAUAUUUAGUACUGUUGCAUUCUGUGGAGCACUCCUAUGUUGCUUUCUGCCUGAAACUAAAAACAUCGUACUUUUAAAUUCUAUUCAGCAAACUGAACAAAAAGCGAAGAAAUAGUUACCCAUUCGAAUAAACAUAGAAACUUGUAUAAAUUAAUGAAAAGUAAUAUUAUUUUUAUGACGAGUUUUGACGGGAUAUUAACUUGCAACGCUCGCUAGUAACACGUAACACUAGUAUAGAGAUAGUAACAUCGUAUUUGAUUGAUUGAGGGUUAGUCUGUGCCCAGCACUGGGACGUAAUGUAGGCUAUAUUUAUUUUGUUUUUUAUUUUUUUAUUUAAGGAACAGUUACAAAAUACAGAAAGUAGAUAACAAACAUAUCAGUUGAAAACUAAAGUAGUUACAGGUUUCCACAGAUAACUAUACUAGAUAAUAUGAUAUCAGUGAGUAAAGUUGUUCACAGGGAAAUUUAAGUUAGAAGAGAAAAGGUAUCAAAAAGGUUGUGACUGAGUCUUAAACAAAUUAAGGUCAACUUCCUUACAAAGUUUGUUGAAAUUAUUACUCGCUCCUCAAACAAAGGUGUUCUGUUUAUAGUUUGUUGAGGCCGAAGGGAGAGAAAGGGGUUGGUGAAACCUGAGGGUCCUGUUAGGGACUCUGAUAGAGAUGUGUGAUUGAAGUUCAGAGCAGUCUAUCUUGCGACUAGCUUGCAAGUUGUAAGCUACUUUUAACAAAAAUAUCAGAUCUGCAUUUUCUCGACGUUUCAUCAAUGGAAGAAGGUGAUGUUUUCAGAAUCUUAUGUUAUGCUAUUAACACCCAGCCCUGACGACUAUUAACUUUUGUGGCUGACUGUAUGCUUAUUCGAUUAUUACUGCAGAUACAAGUAACUAGGCAAAGAUAAAUUACAUAUAGAAUGCUAAUAUUUUAAUAGAAGCAAGUCCAAAAUUAUCAAUAAGCAUUUCUUACUUAGUUUGUAUUUCCAUCCAAAAACCACAAACAUUCUCAUAAAUAUCUGAUUUGACUUAUCAUUUGUCAUGUAAUUUUUUGACACAGAUAAUUUACUUACAAUGUUUUUACAAUACUUACUUAUUAAGUUUUAUUUUGAAAAUGAAGUGAGUCUCGGCUUCCGUAGAAACACGGCAGAAACCUUUAGGUAUUGCAAAAAAUAACUUUCUAAUAGUUUCUCAUAAAAUAGUAUUUUUAUUGUCAGUGCACGCUAUCUUAAAUAUAAGUAAGGAAUAAAUAAGAAAGAAAUAUUAGAUUAAAUAUAACAAAAUCUUAGUUAAUGUGUACCUAAUACUACUAACUAGUAUUUUUAAUAAUUUCAUCAAAUGAUUAAACACGAAUUUAGGCAAAAUAAUGUUUUCAGUAAACGUAGGGUGUCACUUACAAUGCCGGGAAAAGCUACACCAACAA